AUGGCCCCCUCCAAAGCCAUUACGCGGAGCGACACUUCGGUGUCUGCGUCGCUCGUCGACCCCAAUCAGACCCUGAAAGCGACUAAGGCCCUCCUUAGCCACAUGCAGAAGGCGUCGAAGGAAAAGGCCACCAGCGCAGACAAGAAGACCCUUAUCGAAGAUGAAGAGUCCAACACCGAAGCCAUCUGGAUGACCUUGACGACCAAGAGACACAUUGUAAACUCGAGAAAUCUCAAACCGAACAAGAUCGUCCUCCCGAACUCGCUCAACACCGACCCCGAGAUGGGUAUCUGUCUGAUUACGGCCGAGCCCCAGAGACAUUACAAGAACCUUGUAGCAUCGGACGAUUUCCCGGCAGAAUGGCGAAAGCGAGUCACGCGAGUUAUCGACAUUGCCAAGUUAAAGUCCAAGUACAAAGCAUACGAGGCGCAGAGAAAACUGUUCAGCGAACACGACAUCUUCCUCGGCGAUUCCCGUAUCAUCACAAGGCUACCAAACAUAAUGGGCAAGACUUUCUACAAGACCACCGCCAAGCGCCCUAUCCCCAUUGAGAUCCAGGAGCGCGUGCCAAAGGUUGACGGCAAGAGAGUAAAGCGGGCGAACGCCGCGGGUGCCAUCAACGCAUGCACGGCCCCGCAACUAUGUGGCGAGAUCGAGAGAGCCGUUGGAGCAGCGCUGGUCAACUUAUCGCCGACUACGAAUACUGCGAUCAGAGUGGGUCACACUGGGUUGACGGCAGAGCAGAGUGCAGCAAACAUAAAUGCGGCAGCGAGGGUGUUGGUUGAGAAGUUCUGCCCCGGAAAAUGGAAGAAUGUCCGGAGCAUAUACGUGAAGGGCAACGAAACCGUGGCUCUGCCUAUAUACCAGACGGACGAGCUGUGGUUGGACGAGCAGAAGGACAUUGUAGCCGAUGGGUCCGAGGAGGCAAAGGCUCUGGAGGCCAAGGCAUCAGGAGAGAAGGCCAAUGUUGGAAAGAAGCGGAAAUCGCUCGAAGGUGCGGCGGAAGAGACUUCACCCGCCCCGAAGAAGGUGAAGAAGUCCAAGGCUGCCAAGUUGCCGGAGAGCGACGAUUCCAAGCUCAACAAGGAGAUUGCAGACCGGAAAGCGGCGCUGAAGAAGCAGAAGAAGGCUGCAAAGCAGGCUCUGGAUGUCUAA